UUUAAAGUAUGUUGUUUUAUUUAACAAAUUCCUGCAGCUAUGUUUACCCGGAAGUACAUAAAUCUUCUUCCUUCUGUGGCAUGGGCACUAUUUGCCCAGGAAGUUCUUCGUAGUCGUACGCCCUUCUUUAUGCUAUGGGAAAUCUUCUUCGCAUUUUGUUAAACCCAGAGACACCGUCUAAAGGUUCAGACAUAUUUGUUGAUUUUGAAAGUGCAGAACCCACAGACAGAGAGCAGGAGACAUGGAAUUUAGUGCAAGAAGUUUUAGUGUCUGCACGGUCUAUACUCAAAGAAUUAAAGGGCUAUGUUGGUGCAUCAGAAGAAAUACGACUGGCCAUUUCUAAUCCCAGAGAUGAGUUUUUGCAGGAAAAAGCAUGGGAAGCAGUUUGCCCACUAGUGGCUAAAUUGAAAAUGUUUUAUGAAUUUUCCUUAAAACUUGAACAAGUAAUACCCAAGCUCCUGAAGGUAUUGUGUUCAGAAGACAUGACACCAAAGGAGCACCUUGAAGAACAGCAGGCACUCUUCAAGCAGUUUGCCGAGAUUCUUGACUUUGUACUCAAGUUUGAUGACUUAAAGAUGACUAAUCCUGCCAUCCAAAAUGACUUCAGCUACUACAGGCGUACACUGAGUCGGCGAAAGAUGGCAAAUGAGGAUGAAUUUCAUGAAGGGGAGGUGGCAGUGUCAAAUGAAAUGGCCAACCGCAUGUCCCUUUUCUAUGCUCAAGCCACUCCUAUGCUGAAAACACUUAGUGAUAUAACAUCGCACUUUGUUUCUCAGCAUAAGGAAUUGCCUGUGGAGCAGACAACAGACUGCCUGAGCACCAUGGCAAAUAUAUGCCGAGUGAUGAUUGAAAAUCCGGUAUAUAACUCUCGAUUCAAAAGUGACGAGACCAAGUUCUUCUGCCUCCGAGUCAUGGUGGGGGUUAUUAUUCUUUAUGACCAUGUACAUCCGGUAGGAGCCUUUGCAAAAACAUCAGGGAUAGAGGUAAAAAGUUCCAUCAAACUUCUCAAAGAUCAGGAACCAGGAAAGGUGGAGGGCUUAUUAAAUGCUUUAAGGUACACAACAAAGCAUCUUCAAGAUGAGUCAACACCCAGGCAGAUAAAGACUCUGCUGGCAUAGGGAUCAAGCAAUAUAGAGUGCAGCUGAAAACAUCCCAGCAUCAUCCUAUGUGUCACUUCAUUGCAAGAUGAAGGAACAGUUUGUUAUACCCUACCUGUUUCAGUUUGUUUUGUUGGUUUGUUUUUUUUUUUUAAUUUACCCCAAGUGUUAUGGUGUGGAAAUAACAACUGAUUGUGUGUGCUUAAUUUUUAGUUUUGAAGCUAUCAAGAAUUAUUGGUUGCAAACAAUGACAUUGCAAUACAGGACCUAUGACUUAUAAUUUUCGUCCAAGCUUAUUACUUUCCUGCCAUUCCAAAUGAAGAGUUGUCAGAAAGUUACACCUUUCUGUGGGGAUGUUGGAGAGUUUUUCUGAGGGACUGAGUAUUUGUUUCCUUAGACGUGUAUUAUCUACCUUCUUCCAACAUUCCAAACCACCCACAAGUUUAUAUGCAUUUUGGGAAAAACGUUAAUGAAGAAAUGGUAAAAUGUGUUAGUGGUGUUGCCUUAACUUCACUGAGGUGUUAUUUAUAAAGAAAUCUCUGUUGACUGUAAUUUUUUUUAUAUAUAUCUUCUUUUCUUGCAUUUUAAAAGCUACUACAAGAUUAAUAAUUAUUUGUUCUUCACUUAGAAGCCAUACUCAUUAGCUUUUAGUGUAUGGUGUUUUAUGUUAUGACUUUAGGUUAAACAGGUUAAAAGGGGGUAUGUUGCAUAUAAAUGUUACACUCAGUUCUUGACAGACUAAAGCCUUUAGUAACAUGAUGGAAACAUAAUAGAUUAUGUGUCUGUGUCUGUAGGCAGAUAUGCAAACUUUGUGUUUGAAUUUAGAAUUACUACAAGGGGCAGCAAAAUGGUUAGAUUAUGAAUAUGCUUAAAUCUGUAUUUUAAAAAUCUUUGAAUACCCCAUUCUCAGAUGACUGCUUUAGCCAAGCUGCAACAAAAAUGUAGAAAAGUUUGAGAUUCCUUUUAGGCAUUCCACACUCAAGCUUUUUUUUGUGAGAAAGGCUUAAGACUGUAUGUGUGUACUUGUGUCCAUAAUGUUAUUUACUUGAAUGAAUGUUUAUAUUUCUUUAUUAGACUAGGAAAAACAUUUAAAUACUUUCCUGGGCUGAAAAUUUAAGAGGGUUUCUUUGGCGUUAAGUUUUAUUAACUUAUUUGUGCUUUCUUUAGUACAGCUGUUAUUUUAAAUAAAAUAUACACUUCGUCUUUUCAGUUAUUCAAAGACAAAAAAUGGUUAGGAGCCUGUUGAGCAUGCACAAUCAAGCUGUUUAGUCAGUCAGUGCGUGGAGUUGAAUUGUUUUUUUAUUAUGUGCCAUGUUUCCCCACUAGUCGUAGAGUGUGUCUGCCCACAAUUAGCUCACCAUUGCUGUCUUUUUCUUUGCCUCCUUGUAACCUUCUCUCCUAUGUCUGCUGUUAACAAGGUGAAACGUUAAAAAUAGUCAUGUACAUUUUUUAAAAAUUAACUGUUCCUUACUUCUGUCUUCCAUCCACCGCAGUGACUGUCAGGUGUUUUUAUCUCUAAAGCACUUCCUUCCCAGUCCCUAAAUUGUUCAUAUAGCUGUCCUAUUGUUUAGUAUCUCCGUGGUUGUCUCAGAUGCAGCACACAAGAAAUGUUGGCAGUGGUGAAAGUCUUAGGCUUUAUUUAUUAUGUUUUUAACUGAUGUGGAAGACCAAGUGUAAGUUACUCUCCACUUGAUUCUUUGCCUUGGUUUACUUGGUCUCAGCAUCACAAGACUAUACUGUGACAAGGUUCAGAUAUUGAGCUUUUUGAUUUGUAGCAAACACAAAUGUAUGUUAGCUCUUCAUUUGUGAAAGAGAUGGGGCAGAAAUAAAUGUGUAUUGUAUAGAUGUUGCAAAAAAAAAAUUUCUCUUGGAUCCAGGGAUGUGAUAUAAACAACUUUGUUCCGUUUGUGGACCAUGAAAGAUUAAAAGUUUUUUUGUGAAUUUUUUUUUUCUUUAAUCAAAUGCCACAGCUGUCUGUCUUAUAAUGUGCAUAUUUGCACGCAAAUGCACGGGAUUAAUUUGCUCUCUAAUUGCAACUCAAGCAAAGAGGAAAUAUGAAAUAUUUGUAUUUUUUGGCACUUUAGGAGUAUCUAUUAGAUUUCAUCUCUAGUUUGCCCCUUAAUACAUGUACAUUGUUUCAGGUCAUUGGGUCACCAAACUGUAGAACUGAGUGAGCUUUAUUUGACUUCUAAUUACGUUUUACUAUUUUUUCAAAUGAUGAUAAAUAGGGAGUUAACAGUGGAGUGUCACCCUUGUAUUAUCCAAAAUACUGUCUUGUAUUAUUUAAUUUCUAUUUUUGUAUGCUCUCCAUACAUUGCUCAAGUGAAGACAUGCUGCACUGCUUCUGAUUGAAUUUAGUUCCUCCUAGUUCAGCAGUGGGUAUCCUACCAAGUCCCUCAGUUCACAGGUGAUGCUGUUCUAUGGUAUCUUGUUAAUGCUUCUGCAGUAGGUAUGCUUUGAAGACCUUUUCUUUCCUGACUUUGCUACAGUUUUGAUGUGUCCUUUGUGUUUGACAUGUUUGUUUGUUUUCUUGUGCCCCACGAAAAGUUCCCUGCUGUGACCACAUACAUUUCUUGUUUACACUUUUGUGGGACUUUGUUCAUCUGUUGUGAAUGGCAUGAACAAUAUUACAGUGCAUCAGAUGAUGUUCUGUUUGUUGAUCUCCAUGUAAGGCAAGGUGUUCUCUUUUGGACCUUUGACCUGCAGGCGAUAUAUUUGGUUUGAGUAUUCCUGGUUGCUGGGUAUUUAGAGCAUGCUGCUGUAGUUAGUUGGCAUUAGGACAACUUCUAACGGGGAUUUAUUAUUGGUUUAAUUUUCAGAGUUCAUACAGACUUAAGUUUCAUUAUUCUCAGAAAAUAAAGCAUUUAUACAGAAGAAAAAAUGAAAGCUAAAAAAAAAAAAAGAGGUCUAUCUUGCUUUUAGUAUUGUUGUCCUUAAGAGUGUGGUGUAGAUUGUUACAUGUGCUUUUCUCUCAUCUGCAAUAAUCAUGCUGGCAAAAUGUAGAGGGACUAGUAUGCCCAUCUCUUAAAUACUGAGAACAAUUUAGCCCCACCUUUAAUUUUUAUCAGCCUGAUUUUAGAACUUGAGAUAUUCUUCUAAAAGUCCUAUUUAACUCUUGAAGCUGUUUCAGUAUACCUUUAAUGGUGGAAUGUGUCAAUUUUCCUGCUAAAUUAGCAUUAUUCAGCUGAUUAGUUACAGAUGUAGUUACAAUUUUAUAGUUUUGUUUGUUUACUUAGCACAAUCUGUUUCAUAGUUAUUGCUAGUUAACUUAGAUCCUCAGUCCAUGUAGUCACAACAGUGCCAGAGCACUAGCCAUGCAUGGCUUUGUACAAUGUUGCACAAGUAUAUAUUAAAUUGCUUUUUUACUGCAGCAAAAAUAAAUGGGAAACAUUCUUUGCCCUGUGUGUAGAUAGAAUUCUACAGGGACUAGGUGUGAUUGCAGUAUUUUUUUUAGCAUUCUCAUCCUGAUAGGCACUAAUGCAUGGAUCAUUUUCGGUCAAGUCACUGGAUAUCUCAGUAUAUCUUCACAACCCACAUCUGCAGCAACGUCAGCUGAUACUUCAGUAGCUGUUCUGUCAUCUCCAUGCAGAAGAUUGAGUCACCUUCCUGGGGCAAGUGCUUCGCCAAAUUUUGCAAAUGAAAAGCUAAAUGAUAUGAACCCUAUUUGUACUGUCUAUAGGGCUAUAAUUUGCAUCCUGUAUCACACAGAAGCCAGAUCAAAAUCGAUUUUUGUUUGCAUUCUUUUAACUAUGCAUGUGAAAAGCAAGUAAGAUUUUUCAGGAUUUUUACUUCAUAAGUUAGCAGGCAUAAACAUUGUCAUUUGUAUCAGUUGAUGCAUUUCACUAUUCUAGUGUUAAGUAUUAAGAACCAUGCAAAAGUCACAACAAUAAAGGUGUAAGUGAAAAGUUUGUCAUUAAUGUUAAAAACUGGUUGUUUAUUUAUUGCUUUUAAUUUCACAACCUCUUCCUAUAUUCUUUAUUCAGAGUAAUUGGUUUUUUUUGGGUUUUUUUUUUUUUUUAGUUCUUUUGGGGUGUAUUUUGCAAGCUAAUUGAUGAUGGUCUUGUGUGGCCGAUGUUGUCCUCAAAGCAAUAAAAUGUAUUAUCAAAUAGUAUAAAUGUCCAGAUAUUUUGUGUUGUAUAAGAUAAAAAUUUUAUAAUAAAGUGAACAUUGAAACAUGGAACUCGGUGAAGGAGUGUUGGAUACAACUGGUCACAAUACAGCACAGUAAUAAGCUGUGUAAAUAAAAUUAUUGUACCGUUUUCAUUAAUGAGCACUUCGGACAACUUACAGAAGAAUUUUUUACAUUAUUUUUUUUUAUAUUUAUUGUUACUUUUCCAUGGACUUUGUGAAAUUGUUUCCAGGAGCAACAAGUUCUCAACCUGAUUCUUAAGUAGUCACCUCUUGCCAGGCAGGCUUUCAGAACGCUGCUAACUUAACUCAUUAUUUUACUUGCAUUUUCCUGAGACAAGAUAUGCCUUACUUUUUGAAGUCAAAUUUCAAACUUCUGACUUUUUCUUUCUGUAGUGUAUUUGUUCAGUUCAUAAAUGAAGAUGAUUAUUGUUUGCAGUUUUUUAAACUCCUUGAUCCCACAUAAAAUAUUGCAUUUUAGAGCUACAGUUGAUUCAUUUCAAGCCCUAAACAUGUACCUAAAUGGCAGAAAAAUAAAUUCAUGUUUUGCAUUUGAGUGGAGUGCAGGCAUCUGUAACCUCAACCUUUUUUUCCUCUUGCAGCAUCAUGUACAUUUGUAAAUUUCUGUGUUUCUCCUCUGUUGCCUGGGAUUGGAAAAUGUUGCAUACACAUUACGUGCCAACAAUCUCUUAAAUUUUGUUCAUGCUGUCUAACUGGAGUUGAUCUAUGCAUUCCACAAUCACUUAUGGCAUUUGUGCCAUUAAAUACGAGAAGGAACAGAACACGGCCAUGUGCUCGUGGAUCGUGUGUAGUUCAAGUAUUGUGUAAACUUUUUUUUUUCCAUGCAACUUUUCCUUUACGACAUGAUUUUGUCAUGAAAACAAAGCACAAAGCCAAUGAUUUUAAGGGGCAGCAAUUAUGUACUAUCGGCAUGAGGCCUGUGUUGGAAAUUGUUUAUUGUUUACUGUCGGGACUUUUUUUAACUUGUGAUCCUGACUGAUGUCAGCAAAAGAAAUUAUAUGAGGCAUCAUACCUCUCCCAUUUCUCUUUCUCUCUCUUUCUUUUACAUGUAAUGCAACCUCUGUUAAAAAUAAAUUCCAUAAUGAUUGAUGCAUGGAUAUGUGUCAUUAACAAAAUAUCUUUCUGUUUUACCAAAGUUUAGCCAUGUAAUAGAUUUAUUGACCUGCUAGCAAAUCUCUGUAUUACCAAUGAACCAUAGCUGUUAGUGGCCUCUUUCCUUGCUACUUCCACUCCCCCAUAGUCUGUAUUGGUAAAAGUAUUUAAAUUAAGCGUUUAGUUCUCCUGAAAGGUUUCACUUGAAGAGCCUAUAGAUCCAUGUAGUGCUUGUGAUAUUCUGUUUCCGAAACUCUAGUGUUGCUCUUUUCAUGCAUCUGGUGGCAGUAUGAUUGUUACAAAGAGAAAACGAUGUAAAUGUUUUGCCCAUUAUUCUUAACAGGAGACUUCUUCAUGCUCCACUUAGUUCAUCUAAACUAUUACCAGUUUCAAUGAUUUUUUGCAUAAUAGAUGAUAGUUUUAAACCAAAUUGCUUGCUGUAAAUUUCCUGUUUUGUCCUGUUUGCAUUGCUUUAAGGAAAAGAUACAUAAGUUUUAAA